UAUAUAUAUUUGUCUGCAUGCGUCCGUUAGAGUCGGGUACCCAACAUUUUUGGGUAACCCGACGUUGGCCUCGCUCCUUCGAAUUGGUUUCGUUCUCCAUUUUGUGAAGAUCGGGUUCCCUCGGGGCACUGACGAGGGCUUGGGUACUUUCGGGUACCGGCCAAUGAAGGAGACGAGGUCGCGAUGGGAACACAUGUCGCGAGAAGGGAGAAGAGGAAAAUCCGCCGAUAGGAUCGGGGAGGCAAAGGGGAGGCGUUGCUAAUCGAUGAAGGCAAGCGAGGGGCGAGCCGGCAAAAUCGCCCUCGCUCGGCCCCCUUAGAAAGACGAAAGCACUGAAAAAACCCCUCACAAACCUCCCCUCAGGGUCGCUGUCGCUUGAUGCGUGCAAUAGUCGUCCUGCAGCGCCUCUCUCUUCAUCUCCGCGCCACUCACUGUUGGCUCGGCCUUUCUCUUCCCCUCUCCUCGGAUCACCCGUGGAUUCGGGUUUUCGCCCGAUGGAGCCUAAACCUCAAACCCGAAACUCGGGAUGCACCCGACCUUUAUCCCCACGGCACAGCUACCCGUGCGACAAGUACCCACGGGUCGUCGCGUUUCGGCGCUUGAUCUGAUCAAGAACAAGGAGGUGAAAGCGAUUCUAGGGCCAUGGUAUUCAAUCCAGGCUCAUUUCCUGAUCGAGAUUGGCCGAAAAGCUCAGGUUCCCAUCGUUACUUUCUCUGCAACAAGUCCUUCCCUUUCCUCUCUCCACAGUCCAUAUUUCUUCCGUGCUACACACGAUGACUCGUCUCAAGUUCACGCCAUAACCGCAAUCAUCAAGGCCUUUGGGUGGAAAGAGGUUGUCCCUAUGUACAUGGACAACAUCUUAGGACAAGGUAUAAUACCUUUUCUUUCCGAUUCAUUACAAGGAAUUGGUGUCCAUAUACCUUACAGAAUCGUGAUCUCUGCCGAACCUACGGAUGAUGAAAUCUCUGAGAAACUUCUCCGGAUGAUGACUCUAUCUACUAGAGUCUUUGUUAUCCACAUGGUUGAGUUUCUUGGGUCAAGAGUUUUGGCCAAGGCCAAGGAACUCGGUCUGAUGAAACAAGGAUAUGUCUGGAUACUCACCUGCGAGAUCACAAAUGCUCUAAUAAGUAGGAUGGGUGAAACGGGAUUUGAAACGAUACAAGGAGUAUUGGGUGUAAAGACUUACAUUCCGAGAUCGAAAGAGCUUGAAAGCUUUAGAUCUCGAUUUAUGAAGCAAUUCCCAACAUCCGAGCUGGAUAUCAUCGGAUUACGGGCUUACGAUGCUGCUACUGCAUUGGCAAUGGCUGUAGAAGAAGCUGGAACAGAUGGCUUGAGUUCCAGUAAGGUGGGUGCUAGAAGGAACACAACUGAACUUGAAGCUCUCAGUGUGUCUCAAUAUGGACAAAAGCUUGUCCAAACACUCUCUGAAGUUCGGUUCAAAGGUCUUUACGGAGAUUUCCACUUUGUCGGCGGACAGCUUCAGGCAUCGGUGUUUGAGAUAGUUAACGUGAUCGGCAAUGGAGGACGGUCUGUGGGAUUCUGGACACACACAAAUGGCCUUGUCAAGACAUUGAACCAGAAAUCCAGGAGUAUGACCGGUUUCUCCACUUGGAAAGAUCAUCUUAGACCAAUCAUAUGGCCCGGAGAUUCUACUUUUGUUCCCAAAGGAUGGGAGAUCCCGACAAACGGGAAAAGGCUACGCAUCGGAGUUCCAAUCCAUAGUAGUUUCAGCCAAUUUGUGAAGGUUGUGAGGGAUCCUAUCACAAAUGCAACAACUGCCACAGGAUUCUGCAUCGAUUUCUUCGAGGCUGUAACUAAAGUGAUGCCUUACGAUAUCACCUACGAAUUCAUUCCUUUUGGAACUCCCGAGGGCCGACCAUCUGGAAACUACGAUGACUUGCUCUACCAAGUGUAUCUCGGGAGAUAUGAUGCUGUCGUGGGAGAUACAACGAUAAACGCAAACAGAUCUUCCUAUGUCGAUUUCUCAUUGCCGUACACUCCAUCGGGCGUGGGAUUGAUCGUCCCUUUGAAAGAUAACGUGAAAAGAAGUAGUACCAUCUUCUUGACACCAUUGACGUUGGGACUUUGGCUCAUCAGCCUUUUGUCGUUCUUCAUCGUUGGCCUUGUCGUGUGGAUUCUCGAACAUAGGAUUAACCCAGAUUUCCAUGGACCUGGCAAAUACCAAGCCAGUACAAUCUUCUGGUUCGCCUUCUCCAUCAUGGUUUUUGCUCCCGGAGAAAGAGUACUUAGCUUCUGGGCAAGGCUGGUCGUCAUCACCUGGUACUUUGUAGUACUUGUGUUGGCUCAGAGUUACACAGCCAGUUUGGCAUCACUUCUAACAUCUCAGCAGCUUCAUCCAACAAUAACCAACAUGAAGAGCUUGCUUGCAAAAGGCGAACCUGUGGGAUGUCAAAGAACUUCCUUCAUGUUAGCAAAAGCCAGAGAAUCGGGUUUCUUGGAAUCCAACCUCGUACCCUUUAGUUCCGCAGAAGAAUGCGAUGAUCUUCUGAGCAAGGGACCGACAAAGGGAGGCGUUUCUGCAGUUUUCCUCGAAGUACCCUAUGUUAAGCUCUUUCUUGGGCAGUACUGUAAUAAGUAUAAGAUGGUAGAAGUACCUUUCAAGUUCGAUGGGUUCGGCUUUGUCUUUCCGAUUUCAUCACCUCUGGUGGCUGAUGUUUCAAGGGCCAUUCUGAAAGUGGAAGAGUCGAACAAGGCUAUCCAACUAGAGAAUGCAUGGUUCAAGAAGAUAGAUGAAAGUUGCCCAGAGCCGAUCAUCGACCCAGAUCCCAAUCCUUCUAUAUCCUUUCGCCGGCUUGGCCUUGAUAGUUUCUGGCUUCUGUUUCUUGUUGCUGCCACAGUUUGCAUCAUAGCCUUGGGGAAGUUUACCUUCUUUUUCUUGAAGGAAAACCGAGAGAUCUUAUAUCAGAGAAACCUGCAAGACUUGUGGAAAAAGUUCCUUCAACCAGAUGAGAAUUCAUACAUAAACAGAGUGGAGAGAUGUCCAUGUUCAUCAAGCCAACCCAGAUGGAAGAGCCUUGCAGAAAAAGGCAGACAGAUCUUUCCCGAGAUUGUCUGAAUCUUUGAAAGACACUAGAAACAGACAAACCGAAGAUUCAGACAGUUAUCAUCCAACGCAUUAUGGUUUUCCAACUGUUUCUGGUGUUCCUUGCUUCUGGUCCAGUCGUAAAGAUAUUAGAAGAAGCCAUACGCUUAAAACAAUGCAACAUGUAGGCAUUGUUUCCUGGUCGGUGUUCGAGUUCUACCUUACUGAUUUCCACAUUCUCUUCUCUGCAGUGUAGAUCAACUUGGGUUGCCCCAUAAUGAUUUUAACAAAUUCAUGA